GCGCAUAAUGUACUGUACACUACACAGUUUUGUAAACGAUCUAAUAUUCCUCGAUCAGUCCUCGUGCGGCUCGUGCUGUCCAUGUCCAUGUGCUGUCUGUAGUCCUCAUCGCACGCCUUCUGCCUGCCUGUGACUUGUGUGUCUUGCAUUUGAUCUGCAGCGAUGGAAAACAAGUUGGUUGAUGUUCAGGACGCGAUUGACCAAACUUCUGCCAAAAAGAAGAAAAAGAAAAGGAAAAGUAAUGCUGAAAGAACUGAAGUUCAUGAAAUUUUAAGCGUGUCUGACUUCAGUCUCAGUGAUGAAGGUUCCAAGAAGAAAAAGAAAAGAAAAAUUGAAGCGAAUGAGGAAUCAACUGAAAUGAGCUUUUCAGAGUCGAUCAAGAAAAACAAAGAAUCAAGACUAAUUUUGGCCACAAAAUCAGUCGACUGUUCUGGAAGCUCAGAUGACGACUCUAUUAUGCCACCUCCUAAGAACGUCAAAAGUGACAAAUCGUUGAUUGAAACAACCUCUGGGCAAGCAGACACUAAAGAGUCUGAGAAUACUCCUGAAAUAACAAAGUCGGGAACUAAGAAGAAAAAAAAGGCUGAAAUCGCAGAAACUAGCUUGACAGAGGACUAUUCAGGAAAGAGGGCGAAGAAAUCGCUUGUAGCAGAGUUGGAAAGGCAAACCUUAAAUGGAAUUAACAAGUCUGUCAACAUGCAAAUAAGCGCUGAGGGUAUGUCUGCCGACUCGACAAAGAAAAAGAAUUGGUCUUUGAAUGGGGUUGCAGGCGCCACUUCGCAGGUGAAUGGUGGGAAAAUAAAGAAAUCUUUAUCCACUCCAAAAAUAAGUUUGAAGGAGAAAGUACCAACAAGUACCAAAAACCCAAGUAACUCUGUAAGGAAAAGAGCGCCGAAGAAGUCAUCCAACAAAGAAGACAUCUUGGAGCCUCACCUGAUGAUGAGCCGCACCUUGGGCAUUCCUUUGGAGCCAGAAGACUUGCCAAGCUUUCCUGAAAAUGACAAACUCAAGUACAAGACACUGACCCAGAGUGAAAUCGAUGAUAAACUCGGUUCUCUGAUUAUUCUGAACACAAACGUACACGAAGAGCACAUGAUAGAAAACUCCAUCAGCUUGUGCUUGUCUAGAAGGACGAGAGAGGAGCUGAAGAAAAUGGACGUGAUUUCAGAUGGCAAGCUGUGGAGUAAAGAAGAAGAUGCUGUGCUGUUGAAAAACUGGGAAUCGUUUCAAAAGCAGCACAAGCUUGGAAAAGAUGACUGGCAGGUUUUUGAUCCAAAACAUGCUGCAUCAAGAACCACUCUCCUAGGAUUUUAUAGACUUUUAGGCCUUGGCCUCCCGAAAAGAUCUCUUCAGUCCAUCAGCAGACGCUUCAUUCACUUGAAGAUGUACGGCGCAAGAAAAAAGAGCAAAGUGUACUCUGAAGAAGAAAACAACUUCAUUCGGUACUACCUGUCCCAAUACAACGGCAAAGACAAGUUUUCUCGCUUGGCAAACGCAAUUGGUCGAUCUAGGAAAAGCCUCAGGCGCCACUGCGAAAUGCUGGAGAGAAAAUCAGAAGAACUUCCUAAACAAAGUGUUAAUUCCAAAGAGACAAUUGCUGCGUUCCUGCAAGUUGCAAUGAAAAUCACCCAACGGCCAACCAUUGAACAGUUCAAGAAAUUGAAAUCUCUCCCAUACAAGAACAUUGCUGAACAGAUGAAAAUGUGCGAAAUCGACAUCUACAGACUGUGGACUCGCCACCUGUAUCAUGAGCUUAGGCUCGAGAAUAAGGUUCUGAGGGACCAAGUUGCGUUGGAUGCUGUCCGAGCAGUGCAGAAGCAGAAAGAGGAUGACAUACUCAAGAUCAGCUGGAAGGAAGUGGCCAGGCAAGUGACUCCAUUUCACCGUUGCUACCUCCACAAUGUGGUUUUUGACAAAGCCAAGAGGUUCAGAAAGAAUAUGAGCUUUAGAGCGAAAUGUGAACUUCUUGAAAAAAUUUUGGAGUAUGAUAUUCCAAACAAGAAAUACACUUCCAGUCAAUACAUUCAUCCCAUUAAAGUUUCUUUGGAGGGGGAUGUUGUGAAAAUUUCUUAGUUUUAAAGAAAUAUAGCCAUCGUCGAACCCCAAUAAUUUAACAUCAAACGAGCCAAUUAGAAACAAUGUAAAACGCGGAAAUGGAAUGAGUAGGAUUUUAGUCUGGCUUGCAUAAAAGGAACAUUUUGCCGUGCAUGUACGUUUCAAAUGUUUCUCUGCUACAGCAGGGCGCUCAAUAUUAUUUUUGUACAAAGUUGCUACAAGCAGGGUUCCGCUUCUCUCUACAUGCGUGACUCGCUCAGUCAUGGGACAAAAUGUCUAGCGUGUAUCAUGUCAUAAAAGUUUUUCGGCGGAGAGUCAAAUAAGAGGGCACGCAGCCAACCUGCCUGUAGAGCAGGAGGUUCCUGCAAUAAUUACAUUUGCACUGAGCUUCUGGAAUAUGAGAGAAAAUUUGGGUUCGCAACACAGUAUCACAGAAUAAAGUAAUUCUGUACAAAUGCAAUUAGGACAUUUAUUUUCUGCAUACAAAUACAAAUUUGAAUUGCUAAUUAAAAGCGGCUUUGUGGUGAAUAAUGAUGCUCAUUUGCGAGUUUGAGGCCUUUCAGGAAAGCAGCAGAAAUUAUAUCUUUUAACUCUUAAUUUACAGAACCUGUUUGAAAAUAAUGAGUGCCUCGUAAUGCUAAUUAAAUUGUAAUAAUGGAUUAAGCAUUGUUUAUGGAGUAAAUUUUAUUAAAUUAAUUUAUAAAAAUAAUAAUUUGUUACCAAUCAAAAGUAUGGUAAAUAAAAAUAAACUGCGUUUUC